AUGGUAACUCAAUGCACACGUUUUGAUCGACUUAUGUCAAAUAGUGAUAAUCGUAAAAUGGAUAUGUAUAUUCAAAAUUUGGUACAAAAAUUCAAUGCAAAAUUAGGUGGUGUUAAUCAACUUGUAUCAUUAAUGCGUGUAUUAACAUCACCAUCAGCUCGUUCAGAUGUAUUUAUGUUUUUUGGUAUUGAUUGUACUCAUAUAACAUGUUCACGUGAACGACCAGCAAUUGCUGCUAUUAUUGGAUCAAAAGAUUCAACAAGUACACAAUAUGCUUGUCGUGUUGUACAACAAUUUUCACCAAAAGGAAAAAUAGCUCUUGAAAUCGUUAAAGAUCUUCAUAUACUUGUCGGUGAAUUAUUACGUGAAUUUUCUAAUCAUAAUUCACGUUUACCAAAUAAACUUGUAUUUUAUCGAGCUGGUGUUGAUGAUGGAUCAUUUCAAAAAGUACUUGACAAUGAAUUACGAGCUAUUCAACGAGCAUGUAAAGAAUUAUAUGGUCAUAAUCAAUUGCCUCAAAUUUGUUUUAUUGUUGUUAAAAAACAUCAUAAUACUCGUUUUUUUGUUUGGGAUAAAAAAUCAAAUCAAACAAAUAAUAUUCAACCAGGAACAGUUAUUGAUACCGAUAUUGUUUCACCAAAUGGUUUUGAUUUUUAUCUUAAUUCUCAUGCCGCUAUACAAGGUACAUCAAAACCAAUACUUUAUCAAGUUUUAUAUGAUGAAAUUGGUUUUACAUCAGACGAUAUUCAACAAUUAACAUAUUAUUUAUGCCAUACUGAUGUACGAUGUACAAAAUCUGUAUCUGUUCCUGCACCUGUUCAUUAUGCAACACUUUGUGUUUCACGUGGUCUUAAUCUUGAUUAUGAAGGACAAAUGGCAAAUGAACAACGUAGUAUUGCUACUUCGGAUUUUGAAGAAGAAUUGUUGGAUGAAAAUGUUAUCGUCACUUUAGAUGAUGUACAAACAACAAAAAUCGAUUUUAAUCCAUCGAUUGAAAAUACAAUGUGGUUUGCAUGA